UUUAACCUAUUAUUGUUUUCAGAUAUGUUGCAUUGAACAUGCUGAUGAAGGCUAUUUCUGUAGAUGCCCAAGCAGUGCAGAGGCAUCGGGCGACAAUUUUGGAGUGUGUAAAGGACUCAGAUGCUUCCAUUAGGAAGAGGGCACUUGAACUGAUCUUUGUGCUAGUGAAUGAAAGCAACGCGAAGAAUUUGACAAAAGAGCUUAUUGAUUAUCUGGAAGUAAGUGAUCAAGAAUUCAAGGGAGAUCUUACUGCCAAAAUUUGCUCCAUUGUUGAAAAGUUUUCCCCAGAAAAACAAUGGUACAUUGAUCAGAUGCUCAAGGUUCUCUCUGAGGCUGGAAAUUUUGUGAAGGAUGAAGUUUGGCAUGCCCUUAUUGUUGUGAUAAGCAAUGCCUCUGACCUCCAUGGGUAUACUGUCAGGGCCCUUUACAGGGCAGUACAAACAUCAGGUGAACAGGAAAGUCUUGUUCGAGUGGCUGUCUGGUGCAUUGGGGAAUAUGGUGAAAUGUUGGUGAGUAAUGCUGGGAUGCUUAGCAUAGAGGAACCAAUAACUCAGGUAACAGAAUCUGAUGCUGUGGAUGUCUUAGAGAUUGCCAUGAAGCUUGACACAUCAGAUAUUACGACUCGAGCUAUGUCUUUAAUUGCUCUUUUAAAGCUCUCUUCUCGUUUCCCAUCUUGUUCACAGAGGAUAAAGGACAUAAUUGCUCAGCAUAAAGGAGGCCUUGUGUUAGAACUGCAGCAACGAUCCAUUGAAUUUAAUUCUAUAAUCGAGAGGCAUCAGAAUAUCAGGCCAGCAUUGGUUGAGCGGAUGCCAGUCCUAGAUGAAGCAACUUAUAGUGGAAAAAGAGCUGGGUCCUUGCCGCCAACUGUUUCAACCCCUACAGGGUCUUUACUCAAUCUUCCAAAUGGAGUUGCCAAACCCUCUGCUGCCCCUCUGGUAGAUUUGCUCGAUUUAACAUCAGAUGAUGCCCCUGCUCCUAGCUCUUCUGGUGGUGAUUUUCUUCAGGAUCUUCUUGGUGUAGAUUUGGCACCAAUUCCAUCACUCUCAGGUACACACCAGCCUCCACCAAGUGGCACAGGUGUUCUACUGGAUCUCCUAUCAAUUGGAACUCCUGUGCAAACCAAUCCAUCUACACCCAACAUAUCAUCCCCCAGUCAGGAUAACCAAACACCAAUUCCUCCAUUGGAGAGGCUUUCAUCACUUUCUUCUCCACUUUCCACACAAGUUUAUUCUCCAGCAGGAGCAUCACCCAUUGUCGAUUUGUUGGAUGGUUUAUCCCCCAGCCUGUCAGUGCCAGAUAACAAAGAUCAGGAGUCAAAUUUCUCUGGAGACAAUGGUCUGGUCUAUCCAUCUAUAGUUGCAUUUCAGAGCAGCUCCUUGAAGAUAAUGUUCAGCUUCUCAAAAUCCCCUGGAAACCCACAAACAACGAUUAUCCAAGCUACAUUUACAAAUAUGUCAUCUAAUGUCUACACUGACUUUAUUUUCCAGGCAGCAGUUCCAAAGUUUGUUCAACUGCAUUUAGAUCCAGCUAGCAGUAACUCUCUUCCUGCCAGUGGCAAAGGGUCGGUCACACAAAAAUUCCGUGUUACUAAUAGCCAACAUGGACAGAAACCUCUUGCUAUGCGCAUACGGAUAGCUUACAAGGUGAAUGGGCAAGAUGCUUUGGAACAGGGACAAAUCAAUAAUUUCCCUGCUGGCUUAUGAAGUUGACAUUUAUUCAGUCUCCAAAACAUCUCGCAUCUGGAGCUCAGAUCUUUCUUAUGAAACGACAUUGAAGAAGCGACUUCGCUGCUUGGAACUGUGGGGUCAAUCUUAGUUUCCAUUUUUAAUUAUUUCAGGAGCAAUGUAGGUUCUAGCUUUUGGCGUCAACAUGACACACUUUGAGCCUGGGAUUCGCUGAUGGCUGACUGGGCCUUUUUUGUGGUCAAUGUACAUUAUUAUAUAAUCUUCCAUAAGAGUUUCAGGGACUGAUUUUUCUUCUGAUCCAGUCAUCCAGGUAGAGAGAUCAUUGUUUUUGAGUCAUUACAAACACGGCUGUUUUAGCUGCUUUUGUGCGGAUUGAACCUCCCAGUGCAAUUGGAAGAUGGGGAAACUUAAAAGAGUGUGUGAUUCAUGUAGUUUGAAAGCCCAGAAGAAAAAAAAAAAAGAAAGGAAAAGUUCAUUGUUGCCUUGUGUUCUUCACUUGGGGAACCUUUAUUUUGAUAUUUUCUUUUAUUAUGAAUCUUUAUUUUGACUUUUUUAAGGGAAUAAGUUUUCCUCCACCCAUCAAUAUGGUGAUAUCAUUAUUCCUACCCUCUAUUGACAGAAGUUCGUAAUAUAUUUUUCACUGUUUCAGGAAUCCCA